AUGACAAAUGGGUCCAGAUCCCGGUUAUUUGGGAACAGUGGGGCAUGCAGCGCUUGUGGACAGUCCAUCCCUGCCAGUGAGCUUGUCAUGCGGGCGCAAGGCAACGUUUAUCAUCUGAAGUGUUUUACAUGCUCUACCUGCCGGAAUCGCCUGGUCCCGGGAGACCGGUUUCACUACAUCAAUGGCAGUUUAUUUUGUGAACAUGAUAGACCUACAGCUCUCAUCAAUGGUCAUUUGAAUUCACUUCAAAGCAAUCCACUACUGUCAGACCAGAAGGUCUGCUAAAAGGUCAGAGUAAUGCAGAAUGCGUGCCUUCAUCUCAAAUUUUGUUCAUCCCAGAUGGAUCCCAUGUGUCUCCAGUAGACAAGUCACCUUUGUAGCUAGCCCCAGUGCCAGCUUCAUGCCACUGCACCUUCUUUAUUCCUGAUUGCCCUUCCCACAUUUAUUGGUGUAUUAAAAUGACUGAAUACGAGCAUUAAGGACUCCAUGAACCUGGGCUAAUGGGAGACUGUAGAGAAUAUGAAAAAAGAUCCACCGGAGGACAUCUUUGGGGGGGAGGGGGCUGGGAGGGGGGGGAGGGAAAUGACUAAUGAAGCUAAUUAAAAGAAGCAUUCAAAUCUGCUUUCUACCCUCAUUAACAAUUAGCAGGGCACUGGCCGGAGUUUGUACCCUGUGUUUUUCCUUAACAACAUUCUCUUUGCUCUCUGUAUAUUUAAGUGUCGUAAGGAAAUGUGUUUCAAUCCAAACUGAACAUGAGAUAAAGGAAAGAGAUGUGGCUUUUGUGAUACUCAAUCACACAAACACUUUUAUUGUAUCUCUGUAAAAUACAAUGUAUGUAUGCAUGUAAGUGUUUUUGUCCUAAUGUUGCUACUUCCCAUGGCAAAAAAAAAAAAAAAGGAAAAAUUGGAAAAAAAAAAAAGUCAGGCUCAUAGCAGCUACUGUGUAGAAAUUCUGCCCCUCCUCCCCUUCUAAUUUGCUGAAUGAAGACAAAUCUUUUAUUUGUGAUAUUUUCAGAGACAUUUGCUCUAGUAUGGUGUAUUUAAAUAAUAAAAACUUAAAAGGAAAAUACCAAA